AUGGCGGACGACGGGCUCUCAAUCUACGACGAGAUCGAGAUCGAAGACAUGACAUUUGACGAAGCUCUCCAGAUCUAUCACUAUCCGUGCCCUUGCGGCGAUCGCUUCCAGAUCGCCCUCGACGACCUGCGCGACGAGCAGGACAUUGCCGUGUGUCCCAGCUGCAGCUUGAUGAUUCGAGUCAUCUUUGAUCUUGUUGGGCAUCCCAAAUGA